AUGGACAAAACUAAAAUAUUCGCUUUUAAAUAUGAUCCCGAUCUUACUCCGGAGGGGAUGUUUGCUGAUUUUUGGCAGGCAGUAGAUGGCAAGCAAAAUUACGGCAAUGUGUGGAGGGAUUGUAGAAUACUAGCAAGAAUGGGUAUUAUUGAAUUAAAGAAAGAAGAUAAAGAGAUUAGACCCAUGACUCUUUAUGAGCGGAUUAUUUUUGAUUUAUCGGCUAAGCGAACGACUUCGAUUCCGGUUAACGAAGGACAUCCUACUCUUAAUG